UAUAUAUAUAUAUAUAUUGAUUCGGAUAUAUAUUCGGAUUACAAAUAAAUAGUAUCGUUCAUAUUUAAUGUUUAAUUGCUUAUGUUAUGUUUAUGUAAAUUUGCCAAGAAUUACUACAAAUGCGACGUCUAACGCGUUCAAAAAAUAAGCGGGAAUUUUUCGAAGAAAUCAAAAUUCUAUAUAAGAAAAUUUGUUUUUUUUUUGUAAAUUGUGGAAGUAAAACAAAAUUUUUUUAUUCUACGAUAUGAAUUUUAUCGCACGACCCGAUCAUUUAGGGAGCUAUAGGCGAGUUGAUUGUAAUCCUUGUGGCUUACCAUUAUGCCAUAAGCCUGAAAACGGCAAUUAUGUUAAGACCAGCUUAUCAUGGAAAUGGCAUAAGGGCUCUCGUGUUAGCACUGUCAACGAUUGGCUGCAAAUUAAAAUUGGCGGCAAUGACGAAGACAAAAAGAAGAAACGUCGGCAAGAAGCGAAUCGCAUAAAAUCCACAAAAUAUACUUUUAUAACAUUUCUGCCUCAGAAUUUAUUGGAACAAUUUCGGCGUAUAGCGAACUUCUAUUUUCUAGCUAUGACCACAAUAUCUUUAUUAAUUGAUACUCCGGUAUCGCCGAUGACAUCAUUGCUGCCAUUGGUAUUUGUAGUCGCUGUAACAGCGGCGAAACAAGGUUAUGAAGAUUUUCUACGCUAUAAAACCGAUAAUAUAAUUAAUCGAUCACCCGUUACGGUUAUUAUGAGAGGUAUUGAAAGAACCAUUCAAUCACAAUAUGUGCAGCCAGGCGAUCUGGUUGUAGUGGAACGCGAUUGUGAUGUACCUUGCGAUUUAGUUUUAAUGCGUUCUUCUGAUCCUCAUGGCAAAUGCUUUAUAACUACCGCUAAUCUUGAUGGUGAAUCAAAUUUGAAAACUUUAAUGGUACCCCGGGACUUACCCACCAUGGAUCUGGAUAAACUGCAUAAAUUGGGAAUAAUUGAAUGCGAAAAUUCCAAAACGGAUUUAUAUAGUUUCAAUGGCAAAAUUGAACUUGCCGGUCCCGAGGGAAAAGUCUUACCACUUUCGGCUGAAAACCUUUUAUUGCGUGGCUCGAGAGUGAAAAAUACCGAAUGCGUGAUCGGGUGUGCGGUUUAUACCGGCAUGACUACCAAACUACAAUUGAAUUCUAGGCGUACCCGCCAUAAAAUUUCUUCUUGCGAAAUGUUUAUCAAUAGAUUUUUAAUAUUCAUCUUAAUAAUUCUGAUAGGCAUAGUGACGUUAUUGUAUUUCCUGAAACGAUACAAUGAAAUUUUUGUUGUACCGUACCUGGAUUAUUUGGGUCCGCCAGCAGAUGUGUAUAGUGUCAAGCAAUUUUUGCAAGAUUAUCUUUCAUUUUUGAUACUCUUCAACUAUCUGAUACCGAUUUCGCUCUAUGUUACAAUUGAAAUGCAUCGAGUCCUGGGUGGCCUGUUUAUGGAGUGGGAUUUGCAAUUGUACGAUGAGUCAAACGAUCAACCGUGCAUUGUAAACACUUCGAAUUUAAAUGAAGAGCUGGGCCAAAUUAAUAUACUGUUUUCGGAUAAAACCGGUACUCUGACGAAAAACGAAAUGAUCUUUCAGCAAUGCUCGAUAGCUGGUAAAAAAUUUAAAUACAAAAAGACCCGCUUACAAGAGGAGAGAUCGCUAGAACAAAUUGAUAUAAAUAAAUUUAAUAAAGAUCAGAAAAUCUUUUUCCAGGCCUUAACAAUUUGCCAUACAGUUCAAGUGGCUGGCAGUGAUAACAAUUCGAAUGCGAAUGCGUCUCAGAUCAGCUUGCAACAAGCGAAUUCGGCUGCGUCGUGUACAAAUGUUUAUACGAUAGGCGAUAUAACCGAAGAAAGUUAUCAUUCUAGUCAACAAAGCGAUGUUAACGCCAUGGAAACUUCGUUAACGAUAGACCCAAGUGGCGUGCAAGCGAUUUCAUCAACUACCUCCGACGUUAAUCCUUUGCUAAGUGAUAUGAACAAAAUGGAAAGACGUAAGAGACCCAUCAUAAUUAAAAGAAGUCCAAAUUUUACUCGUCCUUCGGUCCGAGUUCAUCCGAUGUCUCUCGCCUUAAACAAUUUAAAUAUUCAAUCGUCUGUGCACAAUUUUAAGGGUGGAGGUCGUCCUAUAUCGUUACAAUUUCAACGUUCAACCUCUGAAAUAGAUUUACCCGAACGUAGUACGGCAGCUAGUAAUAUAACCGAUAUUAAUAGUUCUGCAAGACGAGUUCUUCAACAUGGCCAUCGUCGAACACAAUCAUAUGGCACUCCCACGGCAUAUAUUAUGCAAACACAAGCUAGUUCUGUGGUAUAUCGUUCGCCUAGCACUAGGUCACGUGAAUCUUAUGCCGCUCCAAACUUUCAAAGGCAACCAACUUUAUUAUUACGAGCCGAAUCGCAAAGAAGGAAAAAUGAAAUCGCUACCGUAGUGAGCUCUUUAGAUUACCAAGCCUCAAGUCCUGAUGAGAAAGCUUUAGUAGAAGCGUGCGCUUAUUUAGGUUUGGUUUAUAUGGGUGACGACGAUGACCUACUGCGCAUACGAAUCGCGCCGCCCCAUUUGGACUAUUCACGAGCGUUCCAUGCGAAUAAAAGUUACGAGGAAUUACGUUUUAUUCGGUUACAUAUACUAGAAUUUACUUCCGAUCGGAAGCGUAUGAGUGUUAUAGUCAAGGACGAGAAAGGUGAUAAAUGGAUUUAUUGUAAAGGUGCCGAAAGCUACGUGUUUCCGCUGUGCGAUAGAAAUUCUCAAGACAUGAUUGCUAAAACCGAUGCCCAUAUAAGUGAUUUCUCUCGUCUGGGUUUGCGUACUUUAGCGGUCGCACGUAAAAAACUUACCGAAAGCGAAUAUCGACAAUUUCUGCAAAAGCUAAACGAAGCCAAUAAUUCCUUGGAGGGCAGAAAAGAAUUAAGUGAAAAGUGUUAUGCCAAUAUCGAAAAUAAUCUCGAGUUAUUGGGUGCUACGGCCGUAGAAGAUGCCUUGCAGGACGAUGUGGCCGAUACUUUGAUUUCUCUACAAAAGGCUGGCAUUAAAAUUUGGGUUCUUACAGGCGAUAAAGUGGAGACAGCUUUAAAUAUAGCAUUAGCCUGCGGUCAUGUCCCGUCCGAUGCUCUAAAAUAUUUUAUAGUCGAAUGCAGGCGUAAAGAUGACAUGCUAUUGCAUUUAAAUAUUUUAGAUCGUGAAAUUAUUUUCGGUAUGGGCCGUGAAUGUGUUUUGCUCAUUGAUGGCAAAAGUUUAACAACAGCUUUAAAUGAUACACCUAUUGAAUUUCGCGAUGUAGCUAUUAAAUGUACGGCAGUUCUCUGCUGCCGAUUAAGUCCUUUGCAAAAAAGUGAAGUUGUCUCGCUGAUUAAAACAUCGCCGCGAAAUUAUAAUACCGCUGCUAUCGGUGAUGGCGCCAACGAUGUAUCUAUGAUCCAAGAAGCUCAUGUCGGUAUUGGAAUUAUUGGUAAAGAGGGUCGUCAAGCAGCCUGUUGUUCGGAUUUCGCUUUAGCAAAAUUUUGCAUGUUAAAACGAUUGGUCUUGGUUCAUGGUCAUUAUCAUACUACGCGCUUAACACUUUUGGUUCUGUACUUUUUUUAUAAAAACAUUUUCUUUAUGGGUAUUAUGUUCCUGUUUCAAUUUCAUACAUUAUUCUCAUCCGUAUCGGUCUACGAUUCGUUAUUUUUAACGCUGUACAAUGUGAUGUAUACGUCGCUGCCAAUAUUCUUUAUAUCGCUAACUGAAAAAUCCCACACGGAGCAGACGUUAAUGAGUCAACCCGAGUUGUAUCGGAAGAAUGUUGAUAAUAAGAAUUUACGUUGGCCCUAUUUUAUCCGAUGGAUAUUGCAUGCCGUUUACCACGCACUGAUAUGCUUUUAUUUUACUGUCAACGUCUUCUCCGCCAAUGAUAUUCUCCUGAAUGUCGGUCAAACGGUUGAAUUCUCUUGCUUUGGCACCCUGCUAAUGCAAUUGGUGGUUAUUGUCAGCAAUUUAAAGCUAUGGCUAGAAUCCAAAUACCUCACUUAUUGGUACAUAUUCACAAUAAUUGGUUCGAUAAUCUCUUUCAUGAUGACAACACUUGUCUAUAACAUUAUUGAUAUACGCUACGAUACAGAUAUAUAUUGGUCCUAUAACAAAUUACUCAGCUCGUUACCGAUCUGGCUUUUUUGCUUACUUAUCACGAUUGUUUGUUUGCUGCCCGACUUCACAAUUCGCGUGCUAAAGCAGGCUUUCAAUAUACCCAACCGUAGCCUGUUUCCCGGCAAGGAACGUUUGCGUUUGUUGCAGCUGACAGGUGGAAAAGUUGAAAUAACCCGUCUUUAAGUCACAAAGUAUCAUUAAAAAAGUAUUAUGCUUUCUUCCUUUUCCUCUAUUAUAUAAAAUUAUCUAUUAUGUAAUCAUUAAGUACAUGUAAGAAGCUUAAGUGUUUUGAUAUUUUAAUCAAUAAUUAUCAUAGAAAUCACUUUCUGUUGUGCCAAAAAUAUUAGUUAAUUAAUUUGUUUUAAUUUUUUGUUUCUUAUGCAAAUAGUUUUUUUG